CACCCGCGGGACGGGCCGCCGGCGGGGCCGGGCCUGGCUCCUUCUGCCUCAGUGCGGAGCCGCUGCCGGGGCGUGCGCGGCCGCCGCGGAACCUCCCCGGCCACGUCCUCGCUGCUGCUGCCGCUGCCGCCGGGCCGGGGGUCAUGGGCCGCCCGCGGGCCGCUCCGCGACUCCGGCUGCUGCCGCUCCUGGCGCUGCUGGCGCUGCUGGCGCCCCGCGCCCGCGCCUGGGACAGCGGCGACCUGGAGCUCUUCGACCUGGUGGAGGAGGUGCCGCGGAACUUCUAUGACUUCCUGGGGGUGCAGCAGGAGGCUUCAUCUGCAGACAUUCGGAAAGCAUAUCGAAAGCUUUCACUAAUUUUACACCCAGACAAGAAUAAAGAUGAAAACGCAGAAACACAGUUUAGGCAAUUGGUGGCCAUCUAUGAGGUUUUAAAGGAUGAACAAAGGAGGCAGAGGUAUGAUGAUAUUCUGAUCAAUGGACUACCAGAUUGGCGACAGCCUGUAUUCUACUACAGGCGGGUGAGAAAAAUGAGCAAUGCUGAGCUGGCAUUACUCUUGUUCAUUAUACUCACAGUGGGUCAUUAUGCUGUGGUUUGGUCAAUCUACCUGGAAAAACAGCUGGAUGAACUGCUUAGCAGAAAAAAGAGGGAGAAGAAGAAAAAAACAGGCGGCAGGAGUACAGAUGACGCCAAACUUGCUGUUCUAGACAAAAACGAAAGAGUACUGGACAGACCACAGUGGCAUGACUUACUUCCAUGCAAGCUGGGAAUAUGGUUCUGUCUCACUGUGAAAGCUUUACCUCAGCUAUUCCAGGAUGCCAGACAAUUAUAUGUAGAAUAUAAAGAAACAAAAAUGAAGGCGAGAGAAGAUGCCCUGGCUAAGGCUGAACUUGAAACACUUCAGAAGGAGAAGAAGUCUAAAGUCAAGAAACCAAAAUCUGAAUUUCCUAUAUACACGGUUCUGGAGUCAAGUGCAUACAUACCAUCAUAUGAUCAUGGAGCUUCAAUUGAAGAGAUUGAGGAGCAGAUGGAUGAUUGGUUGGGAGGCAGGAACAGAACACAAAAAAAGAAGGCACCUGAAUGGACAGAGGAGGACCUCAGCCAGCUGACAAGAAGUAUGGUUAAGUUCCCAGGGGGGACCCCAGGUCGAUGGGAAAAGAUUGCUCACGAAUUGGGUCGAUCAGUGGCAGAUGUUACCAUGAAAGCCAAACAACUGAAGGAUUCUGUUACACAUACACCAGGUAUUAUUAGGCUCUCUGAACUUAAAACACUGGCCCAGAAUUCCAAGAAUGUCAAAGUCAACGUGAAUUUGCCAGACCACAUAAUCACCCAGCGAGAAAGGGAGGAGGAAGAGGAAGAGGGGAACUACGAUCAUAUCCCAGAGCAGAUGGAUAUCCAAAUAGAUCAAAAGGAGACCACUGCAAGUGAAACUAGACACCGCAAACGAAAGGUUGUCAAAGCACCUGAAAUGUCUCUACCAGCAACGAAAGAGGUACCAGAAGAGAAGGGCAGAGGAAGACGCCAGAAAGAUUUUGAUAACGCUGAGCAAGAGGAAGAGAGUGAUGAUGAGAGCAGAAAAAGAGAGAAAAGCCGUGUCCCAGAAGAACUGUGGAUUCAAAAUCAACAGAAACUUCUUGAAAUGGCCUUGCAGCAGUAUCCAAAGGGAACCACAGAUCGCUGGGAUAAAAUAGCAAAAUGUGUUCCUGGAAAAAGCAAGGAGGAGUGUAUAGCAAGAUACAAGUUGCUUGUUGAACUGGUACAAAAGAAAAAAAUGGCUAAAAGCUGAAUAUUUGAGCAGAAGAGAUGUAGCUCAUCUUUGUCAAAAUGGGGUUUUAAAUCUCAUGUGCAGGAAACUGCAUUUUUGUACCUCAGUAUUUCUAUACGUCAUGUGCCUUAGUAAAAGAAAAUAUUAAUAAAUCUUAUGCCAUCUUA